CGUAUCCAGUUCAAAUUCAAACCCAAGGUUCUAGAACCCACCCAACCCACCAUUCCGAGGCCAGAGCGGCACCGCCCACCAUGGCCAAGCCUCACGCCGGCUUCAACACCCCGCGCCCCUCCUCCGUCCGCUCCGCCGCCGCCGCCGCCGCUCGCACCACCGCGGGUUCCUCGUCGACGGACACGACUCCCCUCGCCCCCACCUCCAUCCCCCGCGCCGACCUCUCCUCCUCCGGCGCCAAGGCCGGUGUCACCUCCGCCAUCCGCACCCCCGUGGGCUCCUCGUCAUCCACAGAUCUCUCCGGGCCCUUCACCCGCAGCUCCGUGGGCUCCUCGUCAUCCUCGGAUCUCUCCGCGCCCACCACCCGCGACAUCGCCUCCAUCGCCAAGGAGGUGGGCAAGCGCCUGGACUACGAGGACGACUCCCCCUUCCCCACCGCCGCCUCCCUGCAGCAGCCGAUGCUCGCGCCCGAGGGCCUUGCCGACCUCGCGCCGCUGCUCGAGCUUCCCGACCCCAACAACGCCUCCUCCAACACCGUCGUCUACGCUUCUGACGCUGACGCGAAACACGCGAUGACCGCCUCCGUCGACUCCACCGUCACCGAGGUUGCAGCGCCUGCCGACUCCACCGCCGACGCCGAUGGCCCCCUGCUCACGGAGAUGGAGGUCGCCCUCGACGAACUGAGCAGCGCCCGCGGCCUCAGCCCGCGCUCAAAGCGCCUCCUCCUCGCGCUCGUUGAGGUCGCCGACGCGGAGCUCAAUGCCAACCCGACUGCCGCUGUCCUCCACAUUCGCCGCGCUGCCUUCUGGAGGAAGGUGCGGGUCGGGAUCCUCGCCGCGACGGUCUUUUCUGUCGCCGUGAUCGACGCCGCGCUGGCCUUCGCGCUCUACGGAGCCCGCCGUGGCAACGGCCGGUACCACCACGUGCUGCCCCCUACCUGAUGCGUGCACACGAGCCGGUGCCGGUAGAUUUGCUUCGCUUCUCCAAGUGUUUGCCGCUUCCGAUUUUUACCAGUACUUAUGUUAGCCUUGUCGCUCUAGUAGACACAUCGUGAUGUUUAAUUACUGGUGUUUUUACAUGCAUAUAUAGAUAGAACAGAAGAGAAGGGCAUUGCUGUUUUAAUUAGUGUGACUGAGUUCUGCUUCAGUAACAGUGCGUGGAAAAAUCGGUAUUAUGCUUGCCAGUGCUAGAUGCAAAUUGUAAGAUCAGCGCCUCUUGAGGAAGACCAAGUGCCAUACAUAUUUGGCUCUUUUUUG